AAAAACCCAUUCAUCGUCAUCAACCCGUUUUUUCUUUCUCAUCCCUUCGAGCCAGUCAAGAGUAAAAUCCAAGUUUAUCAGUUAUCACAACACUUUCGAGUCUUAAAAAAACGGAAAAAAAAUCGCAUCUUCUCCAAUAUUAAAAACAACAACUUGCACCUUCUGCAUUUGAUUAACAUUUUUUAUCGAUCAACACAAGAAGAAAAUGAACAUGGCUACUCUUCAUCAUGCUCACUUCAGCAUCAAUCACUAUUCUCCUUUUCCCUCUCAUUCCUCUUCGUCACUAACCAACAGAUCCAUUUCCUACAAAUACAAACUCCCCGCUACCGGAAACCGGAUGACUCGGUCGUCACCUUCCGAUCAGACGUUUGAUGUUGUCGUAGUCGGUGCUGGUAUCAUCGGUUUGACCGUUGCUCGCCAGUUUCUGAUGGAGUCGGAGUUAUCAGUUGCCGUUGUUGAUAAAGGUGUUCCUUGUUCUGGUGCCACUGGCGCAGGACAGGGAUAUCUGUGGAUGACACACAAAACACCUGGGACUGCUACAUGGGAUCUUUCUAUGAGAAGCCAUCAACUUUGGAGGAUGAUGGCAGAAAACCUACAACAGCAAGGCUUGGAUCCUAUGGUGGAGUUGGGUUGGAAAAAAACUGGGAGCUUACUAGUCGCUAGAACUCGUGAAGAGUCAGACAAGCUAAAAGGUAGGGUGAAACAGCUUAGUGAGGCUGGGUUGAAAGCAGAGUACCUGUGUAGCAGUGAUUUGUCUAAACAGGAACCUGAUCUAUUGGUGGAUAAAGACACUGCAGCUGCCUUUCUACCCGAUGACUGCCAAUUGGAUGCUCAUCGCACUGUUGCAUAUCUUGAAAAGGGUAACAGGAAUUUUGCAUCCAAAGGAAGAUAUGCUGAAUUUUAUGAUGACCCAGUGAAAUGCUUCAUCAGGUCAGAUAGCAAUGGAGGUGUUGAAGCUGUUCAAACUUCGAAGAAUAUAUUAUACAGCAAGAAAGCAAUUAUAGUUGCUGCUGGUUGUUGGACUGGUUCUUUGAUGCAAGAUUUAUUUAGAAAUUGGGGAGUGGAGUUUCAUGUUCCUGUAACGCCGAGAAAGGGUCACCUACUUUCACUUCAAAAUUUCAAUUCUCUUCAUUUGAACCAUGGCCUGAUGGAGGCAGGUUAUGUUGAUCAUCCAUCUAUUUCUGGUUUAUCAUCAGAUCACGGACGAAACUUAUCUGUUUCAAUGACAGCAACAAUAGAUGCAGAAGGAAAUCUUCUUAUAGGGAGUAGCCGGGAAUUUGCUGGGUUCAAUACUGAUUUGGAUGAGUAUGUUAUCAGUCACAUAUGGAAGCAGGUUGCAGAAUUCUUCCCCAAAUUGAAAAUGCUUUCACUUUCAGACUUAAGCGCAAGUAGAAAAGUCCGAAUAGGAUUACGACCUUACAUGCCUGAUGGUAAGCCAGCGAUUGGGCCUGUGCCUGGCUUGUCAAAUGUGUACGUUGCGGCUGGACAUGAAGGGGGCGGGCUUUCAAUGGCUUUGGGGACUGCUGAAAUGGUCGUUGAUGUGGUGUUGGGCCGUGCAGGAAAAGUCGACAGCGCACCUUUUGCUGUAGAUCGAGUUCUUGAGUAAAUAUGAGCGAUUGAUGAGUGCUAUAAGUAGCGGCCUAGGAUGUGAAAGCAUUCAUUCUCACUUGGAAUUCUGAUGCAUCAGUUCUGAGUGAGUUAUGUCCCUGUUGAAGUCUAUUUGAUUUGUAGCAACUCUUUUCAUUGAAUUUGUUCAUUGAGGAGUGCUAGCAACACUCUUUUUAACAUUCUCUCAAACACCCACUUUCUUAUUGGUUGAAACAUGUGUGGGUCCCUCACUUUGAAAAUAGGUCCCACAAAAAGUAGUAGGACUCACACAUGUUUCAACUAAUAAGAGAAUGAGUGUUUGAGAGAGUGUUGAAAAGAGAGUGUUCUUAACCUUUCUUUUUGUUCAUGUAAUCCCUUUUAUUUUCUUACAGGAACUACUCUCUUAUAAAAGAAGUAAACUUGUGAAAGAAUUGUCAAAAAAUACUCAACUUUGACACUGUUGCGUAUUCAUCUGUUACCGAAUUUAUGAAA